GCACAAAACGUAAGAAGAGAGGACGUAGAGGAUGAAUACGAGUUAAGUGUAGAAGAAGAGGACAACGAGGCUUCCUUCCACCCAUCGUAACAGGCAAUGUUAGGUCUUUACAAAAUAAGAUGGAAGAAUUAACAGGUUGCUGUGAACAUCUGUAUCAAUUUAGAGAGUGUUCCUUAAUGUGUUUCACUGAAACCUGGCUCAAUGAUACGAUACCCGACUCUUCUGUUGAUCUUGAUAAAUUUUACGUUUAUAGAACAGACAGAACAAUUAACAGUGGGAAGUCAAAAGGAGGAGGACUCGCAAUCUAUAUAAACAAGGAAUACUGCAACGCCAAUAAUGUGAACAUCAGGAAUAAAAUUUGUGACCCUAACAUUGAACUUAUGUGCGUCACACUUAGGCCUUACUACUUGCCUAGAGAAUUCACCCAGGUGUGUGUUGUUGUUGUGUACAUACCACCGACGGCUGACACAGCGACUGCGUCGGAAAUAAUUUUUUAUGUGCUUCACAAUGUACAAUCAAAACACCCGGACUCUGUUUGUAUCGUAAAUGGAGAUUUCAACAACCUAAAUAUUGACAGCACACUGCCAAACUAUUGCCAGUAUGUCUCCCUCCCCACAAGGCAGGGUAGAACGCUCGACAAAUGCUACGUAAACAUUAAGCAGGCUUACAAAUGUAAAGGUUUGUUCCCACUUGGAGAAUCUGACCACGGGCUUGUCCAUCUUAUACCAAAUUACAAACCUACUCUUAAAACUACAAAGAGAGUUAUAAAAACGGUCAAGAUGUGGUCUGAAGAGGCUGUAGAAAAACUACGAUGAUGCAUUGAGAAAACUAACUGGGAAAUCUUUAUUGAAAACUGUCCAGACAUAAACGAACUAACAGAAACUGUUAACUCAUAUAUAUCAUUCUGCGAGGAGUUAACAAUUCCAACAAAAACAAUACAAGUCUAUUGAAACAAUAAGCCCUGGAUGACCAAAAAAAUCAAACACCUUAUUACUGAAAAGAAAACAAAGUAUAAGGCUAGCAACGAAGAGUUUAUUAAUGCUAAAAAUAAACUGAGAAAAGCAAUAAUUGAAGGGAAAAAAACGUACAAAGAAAAAAUUGAGAAUUUCUUUGCCAAGAACAACUCAAAACAAUGCUGGGAGGGAUUAAAGAAAAUAACAGGCUGCGCCUCAAAACGAGAACAAAUUUUAGUGGCUGAUGAUGAGAAAUUCGCCAACGAACUAAAUUAUUUUUAUUCUCGUUUUGACAAAGAAGAUUUUGUUGAUCUACACAAAGAACUUUUCAACACUCUGUCCAAAGGAAAACAAGAGCCCUACGUCAAUUUUGUAACUGAGUAUGAAGUGACCUUGUUAUUUAAAAGAGUAGACGUAACAAAAGCUUCUGGACCAGACAAAAUUAGUGGCAAGCUGAUCAAGCUAUGUGCGGAGCAAAUCUCUUUUAUCUUCUGUCAUAUCUUUAACCAGUCAUUGCAAACGCGCGUAAUUCCAAACAUCUGGAAAACUUCAGAAAUCAUACCAGUGCCUAAGAAACCAAAAAUAGAUUGCUUAAAUGAUUUCCGCCCAGUAGUACUAACACCUAUUGUUAUGAAAUGUUUUGAAAAAUAUAUGCUUAAACAACUUGUAGCAAAAGUCAAUAACAGCCUUAGACCCUCACCAAUUUGCAUACAAAGCAGCUAGAGGAACUGAGGAUGCCAUUCUAUUGCUUUUGGACCAGCUUUAUAAGCAUCUCGAUAUACCCAAAACAUAUGCACGAGUCCUCUUAGUAGAUUUCUCCUCGGCUUUCAAUACCAUACAGCCACAUCUAAUGAUAAACAAACUGAGUAACUUAAAUGUAAGCCCUUACUUACAAGCUUGGGUUCUAAACUUUUUUAACCCAACGGCCCCAGUAUGUUAAAGUCAACAACACCAAAUCGUCAACUCGAGUACUAUGUACGGGUGCUCCACAAGGUUGUGUACUUUCUCCUGUACUAUACACUCUUUACUCUAAUGACAUAAGAAGCAUCUAUGACUCAGUUAAACUCAUUAAAUUCGCUGAUGAUACUGCCAUAGUCGGUCUUAUUUCAGGAGACGAAACUCAGUAUCGAAGCUCGAUAGAAGAGUUUACAAACUGGUGCACCGACAACUUUCUAGAACUGAAUGUAACAAAAACUAAAGAACUUAAUAAUAGAUUUUAGAAAGAAAAAACAAACUAUACGUGAACUGCAAAUAAACACUACAUCUAUAGAACAAGUAAAGCCUAAAUAUCUAGGCCUUAUCAUCAACAACAAGCUUUCAUGGGAAGACCACCUUGGAACUCUGACAAAGAAAACAGCCCAGCGACUCUUUUUUCUAUACAAACUCAACAGUUUUAAAUUAAACAAGAAGAUCCUUGAGACAUUUUACGGCGCGACUGUACAAAAUCUGCUAACAUACGGAAUAAGUUGUUGGCAAGGCAACGCCUCAUCUAAACUGUUGCAACGUCUAGAAAACAUUUCAAAAAGCAUCAAAAAUUACACUCACAACAUUAUCACAUUUAAAGGAACUUUUUGAACAAACGUGCCUAAGAAAAAUCGAAAAAAUCUUGGAAGACAACGGCCACCCGCUCCAUCAAGAACUACGCCAGGUCGUCGCGAAGUGGGCUACUGCUGUCAAUCAAAACAAGAACGGAGCGGUACAAAAAUUCGUUCGUACCUCACUCGGUCAGACUCUAUCACCGCCACUCAUUGAUCAGGGAACAUGAAAUGCACCAAGAUACCCGUGUGUAGUCGCUGAAUGAACUCUUUAUGUUGUCUGUUGUAUUUAUGUGUAUUUUUCUGAUGUGUUGUCUUUAUAUGAGAAACGAGUCCUUGUAAUCACAACAAAUUUCCGUAAGGAUCAAUAAAGCAGUCUUAGUCUUAGUAAUGCAAAAGAAAAAAAAAGUUAGAGAUCUUAAGGAUCUGGUCAUCUUUCUGUCACUUGAGAGUUAGUUGAACUAAAAACUAGGAAGGAUUGAGUUGUGAAUGCCGGACAUUUUCACACUCUAGUCAAAAGCCUUCCAGAUGAUAUCAUCUCCUAUUUUCUCCUGACGUCUGCCGACCCUGUAGACCAUCAGAAUUUCAUAUUGACGAUUUAAAGUCAAUCAGUAAUGUUUUUUCUAGAAGAAUUUUCAAAAUCACUUUCUGGAAUGAACGUUGUCGCGAUGUUAGCAUCCCACUGGAAUAUUCCAGUAUUUGGCUGGGUUUCCAAUGACUUAUUUCUUGGAAACAAAACUAUUUAUUCAACAUUAGUUCGUGUCAUGGGACCACUAGACCAGUUCUCCCACACAAUGACCUAUGUUGCCUCUGGAUUCAAAUGGAAUAGAUUCGCCUUACUCUAUGACAAGUAUGAAGUCUAUAAAGCUGUCUACGACGCCAUUUCCAAGUUUGUUAAAGACCAGAAGAAAAUCGUUGCCUCGGAUAGCGAAUUGUCUUCGAGCAUGUCUGAGCAGGAGAUUGAAGAUGUUUUUCUCAAAGUCCGAAGAUACGCUCGAGUGCUUGUGUUUUCUGUGCCAUGGAUGGACAUGAGGAAGUACAUGUUGGUAGCUCAUAGACUAGGAAUGACUGAAGGAGAUUUUGCUUUUAUAUGUAUCAACUCAGAUAUCUACUCGCGAGCAGAAUUAGAUCGUGAUGUUCUGUCGGAUCGUGGCUGGAGAAGAAAUGACUCAAAUGACAGUGAUGCCAGGAUAGCCUUUGAAUCAGUUAUACAUAUUUUUAUGGUGGCUUCCAAUCUAGAACUGUACAGCAAUUUUGAGAUAUUUGUUAAAAAGGCAACAAAUGUUACUCAGCAUUACUGGCAACUACCAAAUGGAACAGAACAUUUUGAUGCCUAUGCUCCAUUUAUAUAUGAUGCCACAACACUGUGGGCUAGCGUAGUGAACACAACCCUAUUAGAAGGAGGUGACCCAAUGAAUGGCACACGUAUCUGUGAGCUGACCAAAGAAAUAUCAAAAACAGGUAUUACUGGUAAAUUAGUCAUGAACAAAAACUAUGAUAGACUUGCCAACAUCUGGUUUUUGGAUAUGGGACUUGAUGGAAAAUUUGCAGAGGUUUUCAAAAUAACAAACAGUCUAUAUGGAGGUUUUGUUGAAUCUUCUGACAUUGCCAAUGUUAUACGAUGGAGAAACAGACCAGAUGGUAAAGACAGUGCACCACCAGACAUUCCAGUCUGUGGUUUUGAGGGAGAACUCUGUAAAAAAGAAGAAGAAGCAGUUGUGAUCCCUGAUUAUACAGCUUCUAUCAUUGGUGCUGCUGUUGGAUCUUCUUUUGUUUGUAUUAUUGCAGUGGUGGUUCAAGUCUUUCUCAGACACUACAGAAGACGUCAGCAGCUUGAAAGUAUGAUCUGGCAAGUCAAGUUUGAGGAAAUAGAUUUUGUCACAGCAUUGUUAAGUGGAAGUGUUCGUUCUAGUUUUAGAAAUCUGGCACGAAGACGAGCUUCCAGUAGCAAGAAAGUCAACAAACAAAAAAAUAUGGUCAAUGCAAUCAACUCACUAAGUGACCAUGAUGUUGUGCCAGGUUUUCAUCAUUUAUUUGAAAAUGGAUCGGUCAUGUUUGGAUCUGUGGCUUACCUUAGAGGCAGUCUUGUGUCUGUGAAAAGAAUCAAUCAAGAAAGUAUCAGUCUCACUAAAGAUCUUCUUCAACAGCUGAAUAAGUUGAUGGAACUGAAGCACCAAAACAUUACAGCAUUUGUAGGAGCUUGCAUUGAUCCUGGGAGAAUUCUUUUGUUAUGGGAAUACUGUCCAAAAGGAAGUCUACAGGACAUCAUCUGGAAUCAGAACAUUAAACUGGACCAAAUGUUUAAAUUUGCUAUUUGUCAAGAUGUGGUUAAGGGUCUGGAAUAUAUCCAUAAAAGUUCAGUUGGUUACCAUGGGAAUUUGAAGAGUUCCAACUGUGUAGUGGACAGCAGGUGGACUUGUAAACUGACAGACUUUGGUGUGCCCAAGUUAAGGGCAGUAAUCAAAUCAUCUUUAAGUGAGGACAAUCUUGAAAGAGAUUUAUGGACAGCACCUGAAAUUUUACGAGUUGAAAAGGAAGUUGAUUUGCAAAAGUCAGACAUUUACUCCAUUGGUAUUAUUUUUAAAGAAGUUUUCACUAGAUCAACAGCAUUUGUUGAAUAUAGCUUCUUGACAUCUUCUGAAAUAAUUGAGCGAAUUAAAAAACCAGGGGAGACAAUCUUUCGGCCACUCAUCAACAGAGAAGUCAAACAGAACCUAGAGUUGUGCCAGGUGAUCUAUGACUGUUGGGCUGAAGAUCCUUCGAGUAGGCCUUCCGCUACUAGACUGGUGAAAAUUUUAAAUCGUCUUAAUCCAUCCAAGCAUAUGACAAUGAUAGACAAUAUGUUGGCUAUGUUAGAGAAGUAUGCCAACCACUUGGAAGAGCUGGUGGCUGAGAGGACAAGUGAACUAGAUGCUGAAAAAAGAAAAACGGAAAAUUUAUUGUACAGAAUGCUACCACAGUCUGUAGCAGAAGAUCUCAAACUUGGUAAACCAGUGAAAGCUGAGCUGUUUGACCACGUGACUAUUUACUUUUCAGACAUUGUUGGUUUCACCAAGAUCUGCUCAGAAAGCACACCCAUUGAAGUGGUCAAUUUACUGAACAGCCUCUACACUCUUUUUGAUGAUAUCAUUACUGGAUAUGACGUUUACAAGGUUGAAACCAUUGGUGAUGCCUACAUGUUGGCCAGUGGUCUCCCUACAAGAAAUGGAGCUCAACAUAUCAAGGAGAUCGCCAACGUAGCUUUAGAACUAUUGGCGUCAACAGUCAACUUUACCAUCCCUCACCUUCCAGACCGGAAGUUAAAAAUAAGAAUCGGUAUUCACACUGGCCCAGUUGUGGCCGGAGUUGUUGGCCUUGCCAUGCCAAGAUAUUGUUUGUUUGGGGAUGCCGUCAAUACUGCUUCAAGGAUGGAAUCAACUGGACUUCCGCUACGUAUCCACUUAAGUUGUUCUGCUAAAGAAAAUCUUCAAACUUUCUCUGGCUAUCACAUUGAAUAUAGAGGAGAAAUUGAUGUGAAGGGAAAAGGUAAAAUGCAAACCUACUUCCUUACUGGAAGAGAUGGAUUCUAUAAGUCAUUACCAAACCAUGAUGAUACAGAUGAGCCUAUGGCAGAAAAGGUUCAAGUACCAGUAGAACAUAACUUGUGUCUUCAGUCCCUAGAACGUCACUCACACCUAACAUGCAUUGAAGAUUCUCACUCAUAUAAAGCAAAAGUUGACAGAGGUGACAGUGUCAAUAAAAAAUCGUGUGUCAGUAUGUGGCAUGGUGCUGACACUAGAGAAAGAGACAACACAAAUGAAGAACUAGAACACUUGGAGGCAGGAACUCAUCAAGAUUCCACUCAGACAGAAGACACACAUGAAAGAACUCGUCAAGAUGCCACUCAGACAGAAGACACACAUGAAAACAGUGCAACUGAUUCUAAGACCUUGCAAACUGAGCCUGUGACUCAAAUGAAAACGCCAAGUGAUAAAGUGUCCAAUGUAGACAUUGCAUUGAUCAGCACAAUGCAAGACUAUAAACUUACCCAAAGAGAAAGUGAGAUUCAAACAAGUAGCCCACAUCAAGUCAAGAAGUCAUGCCUUAAAUCAGCAAAAGAUGAAGCAAAUCACACGUUGAACCAUCACUUACAAAAACUGAACGUAGACUUUGAGAGCAACCCAUUAGAACAUUUGUUUGGGCCAAAGUCCAGUAACAUCAUAUACAGUAACCACAUGAACAACUCAGAGUCUGGGGUUCCCCGCUCUUUGGAUAUAACUGCUAAUAUAUUUGAACCAAUUAGAAAUGGACUAAAAGCCUUAGAGGAAAAAUAUGGCGCCAUAAAGACAGCACCACCAAAAAUGGAAAAUACAGAAUUCAGAAAUUCUCCGAGUAGUUCCAGGUCCUCGUCUCCUAAACCCGACUUUGGUUUGUUGAAAGAACAGGUGACUAGCAGAAUGAAGAAAGUGAAUGAAAGCACUUCCUUAUGAUUGCCAACUGGAAGUGGGAGGAUCAUUGUAGACUUAGCUUAACAAAAGAUGCACGUUGAAAGAUUUGUUCCUAUUGUUGAAUCAAGCCUCCUAAGAUGAAAGAAAUGCUUGAUGCUUUUCAUAUCACAUUUUUCAUUCAAAUUAAAAGGCAAUUAUUGCCUAAUCUGUAAAACAUUAAAUUACAAAACUAUUUUUUUACUUGGAGUUUCAAAUGGAGUAAAUAUUGAAUUGCAAUCCAUUGUCUCCUUUCUGGUGUGAUAUUGAUGUAUCCUCCAAAGGCAGACAAUGGUUGCACAGGGCUAAAUGGCCUAAUGCACUCCUCAAUAAUCAUCAGACUUGAAGACAAACCUUAUUAUUAUUGUUAUUAUUAUUGUCCUAGAAAUGAAUUAACUUUCAUUCUCUUGCACAGCCGGGGUCGAUAUCGAGCUUGGUUAAAGGGAAACGAAAUUCGUUGUAGUCCCAUUAACAGUGUCCAUUGAGACAUUUUCUUGUCAGGUCAGCAGCUGUACUGCCGUUUGACAGGUCGUUUCAUCUCGAAACUUUCAUAUUUUCUUUGUUUUUCAAUUUUAGUUUUCCUUAUAGUGUAGGAAAGUGGUACGGCGAUGGCAAUGAUGGGUGCGGAUUUUUUUUUUCCAAAUAAAAAAAACAUUGGGGUAAUUAAAAUUAGCUCUAUCCCUGUACAAUAGGUAAUAUAUUGACUCCUGAGGGGAGUACUUGUAAUGAUGCGUCUCUUUCUUGAUCAGAUUAUGUAUCACAGCCAGGUGUUGAUGUAUUAGUUUCGCUACUAAGGUAAGCAGAUUCGGCUGAAUAUCCUGCCAUUAAGUGUUCUAUUGACUCACACGCUCUCUGUCAUUAAGUGUUCUAUUGACUCACACGCUCUCUGUCAUUAAGUGUUCUAUUGACUAACACGCUCUCUGCUCUGCCGUUAAGUGUUCUAUUGACUCACACGCUCUCAGUCAUUAAGUGUUCUAUUGACUAACACGCUCUCUGCUCUGCCAUUAAGUAUUCUAUUGACUCACACGCUCUCAGUCAUUAAGUGUUCUAUUGACUCACACGCUCUCUGUCAUUAAGUGUUCUAUUGACUCACACGCUCUUUGCCAUUAAGUGUUCUAUUGACUAACACGCUCUCUGCUCUGCCAUUAAGUGUUCUAUUGACUCACACGCUCUAUGCUCCGCCAUUAAGUGUUCUAUUGACUCACACGCUCUCUGCUCUGCCAUUAAGUGUUCUAUUGACUCACACGCUCUUUCGGCAUUCGUUUACAACAUCGAGUUUUAGCUUUUUUUUUGUUAAAUUUGAGUUCGACUAGCUUGGUCCUAUAAUGUUUCAAGGUAGAGAUGACCUGCUUCAAGUCAUACUAAGGAAAUAGACUUGUCAAUCUUGUAAUGGAAAUUUUCCGUGGAGUGUUUUGUUUUUCCAAUGGCGAUCAUCUCAUGAGUUAGGUCAUCUAAACCAAUAUAUUAGUAAAGUAAGUUGAGUUAGGUCAUCUAAACCAAUAUAUUAGUAAAGUAAGUUGAGUUAGGUCAUCUAAACCAAUAUAUUAGUAAAGUAAGUUGAGUUAGGUCAUCUAAACCAAUAUAUUAGUAAAGUAAGUUGAGUUAGGUCAUCUAAACCAAUAUAUUAGUAAAGUAAGUUGAGUUAGGUCAUCUAAACCAAUAUAUUAGUAAAGUAAGUUGAGUUAGGUCAUCUAAACCAAUAUAUUAGUAAAGUAAGUUGAGUUAGGUCAUCUAAACCAAUAUAUUAGUAAAUUAAGUUGAGUUAGGUCAUCUAAACCAAUAUAUUAGUAAAGUAAGUUGAGUUAGGUCAUCUAAACCAAUAUAUUAGUAAAGUAAGGUUCACUUUUCAGACCUUGCCAUCUAUAGGGCAGAUGAUGUUAAAGACAUCUGUUUCUUUUGCCAAUGGUUAACGAGCCAUGUGGCCAGAACAACGACCAAUUGCCUUUACUUUUCCAAACUCAAGUUGGGUACCCAUUAGAGUUGGGUGGACUCAGGGGGGCCCUUAAUAUCCCGAAUUUCAAAAUCAAUUUUUUUGGUCAGAUUCAUUGGGGUAGCCUCAGAGUCGUAUUUGCUAAGGAAACAUAUUAGUUCAUUGCGUGGAAUAUUGAUAUUAUUUUGAAUAUUUGCGUCUUACACAGUUUGUUUAUACAAUCUAGUCCACGGCCACAUUCCUACCUAGGGAGAUAUAACCCUAAGGUGGAAGACUUUUUGAUAGUCUUUGCUUAUAUCUAGAAAGAAAGUCCUCUUUUAGGUUUUUUUUAGAUAACUGUGGCGUUCUGGUUAAUUCCAGAUAUUUGUAGAGUGCAGCAGAGUUCAAUUUCUGAAUGCCUUCAAUUGUCAUGUUAGUAUUGACUGCUUUGCUCUUUUUAAUGCUUACCACACUUAUCUAGGUUAAAAGACAUACAGAUAUCGUCACUGAAGUGUUAAAUGGUUUUAAUUAAUGACGUAAUUUUAGUUCCGUUUCUGCUCCUAUUUUUGAUUCCUCCAUGUACAGAGGUAAGACAACAGUUUGUGUACAUCUAGUGGCAACCCAGACACCGUCUGUAGUUACAUGGAGCAAUUUAGAUAAAGGGUUGAUGGGUCAAAACCAGAGCGGAGAUAAUUACCCUUUCUUAUGUGGAAAAGAAACUAAUGCAGAAAGAGUUUACAAAAAGUAUAUAAAAAUUAAACACUUAACCCAAAAAGUAAGCAGACAGCUGCAGAGUGAAUACAUAAACAAUACAUAAACAAUGUAAUAUCUAAAGACAACAACAAAAACCUAUGGUCAUACAUUAAGUCUAAGAAAAUGGAAACAACAGGCGUAGCGCCAUUAAAAGAUGAACAUAACAUAAUACAUAAUGAUAAUGAAACUAAAGCAAACAUUCUAAACAAAUACUUUGCAUCAGCAUUCUCAGCCCCAGGAGACAAAGACAUAUUACUGAAUUUGGACCAAGUAGACAACAUAGAAGAUAUAGUAGUACAAGAAAAUGGAAUUCAAAAACUAUUAGCCAACACCAAACCAAAUAAAGCUUCUGGACCUGAUGGUAUUCCAGCUAGAUUACUCAAAGAACUAAGUAAUGAGCUAGCCCCAGUGUUCAAAAUACUUUUUCAGGCUUCACUUAACCAGGGCAGAGUACCAAAGGACUGGAAAGAAGCUAAUGUCACCCCCCUAUUUAAAAAAGGAGAAAAAUCUGACCCAGGAAACUACAGACCAGUAUCACUUACCAGCAUCACAUGUAAAAUCCUAGAACACAUAAUAUGUAGCAACAUCAUAAACCACUUAGACAAACAUAAUGUCCUCACACCAUACCAACAUGGCUUUAGGAAAUAUAGAUCAUGUGAAACACAACUAAUAGGACUAAUUGAUGAUUUUUCAAAAGGUUUAGAUAAUAGUGAACAAAUAGAUGCUAUCUUACUAGAUUUUUCUAAGGCUUUUGACAAAGUUCACCACCAUAGUUUGCUUAAAAAAUUAAAAUAUUUCGGCAUUAAUGGUCCACUGCAUCAGUGGAUUAAAGACUUUCUGAUAGGGAGAGAACAAACUGUAAUAAUAAAUGGCUCUAAAUCAACACCGAUAACAGUAAACUCAGGUGUACCUCAAGGAACAGUCUUGGGUCCACUACUAUUUUUAAUUUACAUAAAUGAUUUACCAAAUUGCAUUACUUCAGGAACAAAAGUCAGAUUAUUUGCAGACGAUUGCAUAAUAUAUAGAACAAUAAAAACAACACAAGACACAGAUAUUUUACAAAGAGAAUUAGAUGAAUUACAGAAAUGGGAAUCAAAUUGGAGCAUGUCUUUCCACCCAGAAAAAUGUCAGUUGUUAAGAGUAACAAAAAAACUAAAACAAAUUAAUUCCACUUAUCUUAUUCAUGGCAAACCAGUAACACAGACUAAAAACGCAAAAUACCUAGGUGUUAUAAUAAAUGAAAAACUGUCAUGGAAUCCACAUAUUGAUGAAACUACAAAAAAAUGAAACAAAGCAUUAGGAUUUAUAAAAAGAAAUUUCUAUAUAUCAAAUAAGAACAUAAAACUAAAAUGUUAUUAAACCUUGGUUAGGCCAAUAAUAGAAUAUGCAUCCUCUGUUUGGGACCCCUCAACUCAAGAAAACAUUAAGAAACUAGAACAGACACAAAAUAGAGCAGUGCGAUUCAUAACAAACGAAUAUUCACAUUUGACUAGAGUAACACCUUUAGUAAAAUCACUAAAUUUAGAAAGCCUUCAGGACAGAAGGCUCAAAAAUAAAGUAGCAAUAAUACAUAAAACACUGAACCAUAAUCUUCAAAUACAAAAACAAAAUUUAAUAAAAUACUCUGAAAGACACAAAGAUAAAGGCACAUUCCUCGUCCCAUAUGCUAGGACAAAUUUGUACAAAUACUCCUUCUUCCCUAGUGCUAUUAGAGCAUGGAAUGGGUUGCCUGAGCUAGCCAGGAAAACCAGUGACUUGGCAGAGUUUAAAUCAUUGGUUAAUAUGCAUGACUAAAUGCAUGACGCGUAGGACGUAAUCAUCUUCUUUUUUGAAGUAACGUCUGUAUUAUAUAAGAUAAGAAGAUAAGAUAAGGACAGAACCUAAUUUAUCACCAUUAAGAUGUAGGUUUAUCUUCCCAUUAUCCAUACACAAUCUCUUCAUUCUUGGGUUAAUUAUAUAGAUUUCCAGGGUUAUUACAUUUUUAUGAGAUUGUUUAUAUACAACUAACACGCAAGUGGUCGGGCGGUAGUCCAAUGGUUGAUUCCAAUCACCUUUUUGGGGGAGGAGAGAUGUUCUUCCUUCAGUUUGUUCUGUCAACAUAGAUGACGGCUGUGAUAGCAACUCGUUAAAACUUUGAUGUUAAAGGUACAUGUGUGGCUUCUUCAACCCUAAACUGUAAACAUUGCCUAGGAGCAGUCCAGUUGCCAGUUUGUUUGAUAUAGGUCGGCGUGACUUCCUGAACUGUGCAUUCAGACAAUUUUAUUAUUUGUAAUUAAUUAAGAUUUCGCCUAUUCAGUCCACCUCAGCGUUGUAGUGAAGAUUGUAGAAGGGGGGGGGGGGGUCGCUACCCGGUAGUUAGUGAGUGUGUCUGUUUUUUUGUGAUAUCAAUACUUUUAAUAUUAUUAACAUUAUUAUUUUAUUAUUGUUGUUAUUUUUAUGAUUAUUAUCACAAAUGUCAUGCACAAAAUUGUGUCCAAAAAGAAGGGAGGAAAAUGUUUCAAAUAAAAAUUUCGAAUUUUUUAAAUGUAAA